AGCAUCAUAAAGUCAAGGUUUCCUUCUUGGAGUCCUUUCUGGGCUCCCGCUUUACCAUUCCUGUUACUGUUUGAGGGCGUCGCACUUUUAAAAGCGGUUUCAGAGGACACUUUGACGGAGGUUCACUUUCUACUUCGAAAUGAGUGAGACGGUUGGAUGUUUCCGUCCACCUUCCUGAAGCACUUAUUUGCCGAGCGUUUUGUGUCUGAAGGAAUCUCAGCAUGGCAGGGGAGCUUGUGGUUGGGAUACUUUAUAACUUAUUACUACCUCUGCUUCUGCUGACCGCUUCUUCGUUUCGCUAUAAUGGCCUCUCUAUGGUGUACUUUGUGUUUCUGCUCAUCGUGCCGCUGCUGCCAAACCCGAGCCCGGUCUCCCUGAAAGGUAAAACGGGUCAGUUUAUCCGGUUGAUAGUCUACGUUAGUGUGACCUUCCUGGCCCUGCAGUGCUUCAUGCAGAUUGCCUUCAGCUACCUCCCUCCACAUGUCGCUGGGAUCUGGGAAGAAGUCCUUUACCACUUAGGAAUUGUGAGAUUCAGUUCGGUUGACACAGCAGACAUCGUGCGACUCUUGGCUCCAGAUAUCGGCCUCUGCCUCUCUGUCCUGUUCCUUCUGAGGCUGUGCCGGAAACUGCUGCGCCCCGCGCCCCAAGUCAACCUCCAUGAAAACGGGAUCCCUUCUUUGCCCUCGGAGGAUGUGGAAACCUCUGACACAGAAUCAGAGGGAGAAUAUGAAACAGAGGCCUCGUCUUUUGACAGCUCUGAGGAGACCACUCUGCCGGUUCAGUCCGGCCCGCCGCAGUUUGUCCAGAAGCUGAUCAUGUUUGCGGCCGGAGUACGGCUGCUGCUGUCAGCCAUCAUGAACACGGCGGGGAAAGUGGUGGUCACUCUGCUGCUAGGGCUGGCAGGCAUCGUGCUGCCUUCCCUCACCUCAGGAGUGUACUUUGGGGUGUUUUUGGGGCUGGUUUGGUGGUGGAUAUUCAGUCGCCCCAUUAGCAUGCUGCUUUUCAGCUCCCUGUGUGUGAUGAUGGCCAUCUUCAGCGGAGGACACCUGCUGGCUCUGUACCUCUACCAGCUGCCCCUGUCCCAGCAGCUCAUCCCACCAGAUGAUGUUUACACCAGGUUGUUUGGUAUGACGGGAGUUAUCCGAACCGACGGUUCAACGCCCCACAGCCUCGGUCUGCAUCCACACGUCUGCUGGCCUGACUUCGUCAACCCCUUGGUUCUUCUGCUGCUCUACUACACGCUGGUGGCUCUGCUGCACAAAUGGAUCCAAAUCACAGAGGAGGACCAUGACGAUGAUACUGCUGACGUUGACAAAUCUGACAUCCCAUUAGAAAGCCCUGAAGUUCCUCCGAGCUUUUCCAGAGUCAUCUACAUCACAGGAGAUAAGCAAGAGCUCUUGAGCAGCACAGAUGAAGAAACCUAUCUGCCUGAUGAGUCGAUGGUUUUGAUGACUAGAGGUUCCUGGCAGAACGUCCACAGCAACAAUCUUGGGUGUCUGGUGGAGGAAGCCGGAUACGUGAACUGUUACUCUCCGUCUCUUCACGAAGAAAACGACUCUCCUCUAUUUGAGGCAGAAAAUGAUGAAGAACUGGCGAACAGGUGUGAGGAAGCUUCCAGGAGUCUGACAGAAACCUCACCUGCCUCUUCAGGCCCCAGCGGCCUCGUUGUCUUCGGGUGUCUGCUGCAGAAACACAGCUACGUCAGCGCCCUCGUCAUCAUGAUGGUGUGGAGUAUAACUUACAACAACUGGCUGACCUUUGCCCUGCUGGUGUGGUCCUGUUUCAUCUGGAUGAUGCGAGACCGCCGGCGGUACGCCAUGAUGUCCGCCCCUUUCCUUGCCGCCUACGGCACCGUCCUGGUGGUGCUGGGCUUCCUGAGCGGGCUGCGUUUGAGCCGAGCUGAGCUGUAUCCAGGGCUGCCCCCCGCAGUGAUAGUGGACUUUGACCUGAACAGCUACCACCCUGCACCUUGUGUCCACCUGGGAGCCAAGGUCUUCUACACCUUCAGCUUCUGGGUGAUGUUUCGCCAGCAGCUGAAGGAAAGAAAGGAGGAGCAGAAGAUGAAGAAGGAAUCUCUUGAAGACAUUACAUCCGUCCCACCGGAGGAAAGUCAGCCAUCGCCUCUGGUAGGGAUGCUGAUCUCAGGGGUCAAAGGGCUUCUCAUCAAAUACUGGAUCCUGUUCUGCUGCUCCAUGUUCUUCAUAGUAAGCUUCUCUGGGAAGGUGGUUGUGUACAAAAUCCUCUACAUCGUCCUCUUCCUCCUAUGUGUGGUUCUAUACCAGAUCCGGUACGAUAUUUGGCGUCGGGUUCUGAAGACGUUCUGGGCGGUGGUGGUGGGUUACUCCAUGCUGGUGCUGAUUGCCGUCUACAUGUAUCAGUUUAGGAGUGUUUCUGCCCUGUUCAGACAGAUCAUGGGCAUGUCAGAGGAAGGACUACGUGACCUGGGUCUGGAGAGGUACAGCACAGUGGAGCUGUUUGCUCGUAUUCUGCUUCCUGCUGCCUUCCUGCUGGCUUGUAUCCUCCAGCUGCAUUACUUCAACUCUGACUUCCUCGCUCUAACUGACCUGGAAAACGUACCUGUACGGGAGACUAGCAGACAGGAAGAACUCAAGAAUUCAGUCAAUAUGAUUGCAGACUUCAUUAAAGAAAACAUCGAAAAGUUUCAGAAGAGGCUUGUGAAGGAGCAGACAGGUAACAGCAGAAGUCAGGAAACUCUGGACAACAUCGGAGUCCAGACGCCCUCUGAGAAAGCAGCAGAGGAGCAGCAGGAGGCAGCAGAAGAAGAAGCUGUGCCGAGCAGCCCGGAGGACAAGUGGGUGAUGAUCGUGGACCGGGCGAGCCUGCUCAUCAUCCAGGCGGUGUCUUUACUCCGCCGGGUCCAGGAGCUGAGCUGGAGAGUCCUGGAGCUCCACAGCCUAAAGAUCGUGUCUUCUGGGAUCAUCUGGGUGUCCCUUCAAGAGGUUUCCCUGAUGAACUUCCUGUUCCUGGUCCUGUGGGUGUUUGCGCUCCCGUUCCCACGGCUGCGCCCGCUGGCCUCCAGCGUCUCGGCGGUGUGGGCCUGCGUCAUGGUGGUCUGCAAGAUGUUUUACCAGCUCAAAGUGAUCAAACCUCUGGAUUACUCCUCCAACUGCACCGCUGGCUUACUGGCCUCCAACAGUUCUGGGCUGGACAAUGGAGCAGAUUUGAGGGGAAACCUGAUGGAGCUGCUCAUGAGGUCCGUUCUCUACGUCGAACCCGUCGACCCGGUCUACUGGUGCGGAGCUCUGCGGAAGUGCGAGGGGAGAAUCCUGCCCUGCCUCAGGAACCAUUUGAUGGUACUCGGGUUGCUUGUUUUCGAGGCGACUGUCCAUCGUCACCAGCUCUACUUUCGUCUCCGUAACGACCUGAAGCCUCCUCCCUUCAGCAUCAUCUUCCAGUUCAUCACAAGGCAGCACCUGGACCACGGCGUCCUGCCCUGCGUCAAAUACUUCAUCAACUUUGGCUUCUACAAAUUUGGACUGGAGAUCAGUUUGAUCAUUGCGGUGAACGUGAUUGGUCAGAGGAUGGACUUCUACGCUUUGCUUCAUUCCGGUGCUUUGCUAGCCGUGUUGUCGCGCCGCCGCAGGAAGGCCAUAGGAGAGGCUUGGCCCAAAUACUGCUGCUUUACAGCUGGGCUCAUGGUGUUCCAGUACCUGCUCUGCAUCGGCAUCCCUCCUGCUCUCUGCGUCGAUUACCCCUGGAGAACUGCAGUUCAACCUUUGAACUCUAAUGUCAUAAAGUGGUUCUACCUGCCAGACUUUGCAAUGAGACCCAAUCCUUCCUUCAUCUUCUACGACCACCUCCUGCUGCUCUGCUCGUCUCUGCAGUGGCAGGUUUUCAUGGAGGAGAACCGAGCCGCUGUGCGACUUCUGGCUGGAGACAACGUGGAGAUCAGCCGCAAUUUGGAUCCGUGUUCCUUCAACCAGUUCAUUCCAGUAGACAACUUCCUUCACUGCAGGUCCUACCUGGACAUGGUGAAGGUGUUUGUUUACAGCUACUUCUUCUGGUUGGUCCUCUGCCUCAUCUUCAUCACAGGCACCACACGGAUCAACAUCUUCUGCCUCGGCUACCUGGUGGCCUGUUUUUACUUUAUGCUGUUCGGCAGCAGCGUCCUGAUGCAGCCUGUCAGAUACAUCCUUCGCCUGUGGGACUGGCUCAUCGCCUACACCUGCUUUGUGAUCGCCAUGAAGAACCUCCUGUCUCUUGGCGCUUGUGCGUACCUGGACAGCCUGUUGAAGAACAGCUGCUGGUUAAUUCAGGCCUUCAGCAUGUUCUGCACCAUCAAAGGCUACAAUGUUCCUGAGCCUACGGAUGAGUGUGAGCUGCCAGAGGGCGAGGCCGGCAUCGUCUGGGAUGCGAUAUGCUUCACCGUGCUGCUGGCACAGAGGAGGGUCUUCCUCAGCUACUAUUUCCUCUACGUGGUGUCGGAUCUCAAGUCCGCUAAGAUAUUGGCAUCGAGGGGCGCUGAGCUGUUUGAGGCCAAAGUGAAGAAGCUGGUUGCAGCCAGAUUGGAGAUGGAGAAGAAAUCUGUGGAGGCACUCAAGAGACAGAUGGAGAAGAUUAAAUCCAAGCAGAAGCCUCCGCCUGCUGCGUCGGACAGAGCGGAACCGCCAGCAGGUCCAGAGCAGACGGCAUCAGGCGAUGAGGAGAACGAAAAGAAAGAUGCAGGAAAAUGGUGGAAGCCUUGGGUCUCUCGGCCUGGAGUGGAGAACAACUGCGGCUACCACCUGUUUGAGAGCGACAGCGAGGAGGAAGAAGAAGAAGUUACAGAUGUGAAGGAAGGAGAGGAACCACCAAAGAAGAAAUCAGCUUUUCAGUGGGCAUACAACGCCUGGACUACCAGCUCCAAAUCGGCUCUGAAGGAUUUAAAGAAAGAAAAGAAAAAUAUAAAGAAAGAGGAGAAGAAGAGGGCCAAGACAGAACUGCAGAAGCAGCAGGGCAUAGACAGAGCUGAUUCCAGUGAAGAUGAACUUGAUGCGAGCACUGUGGCGGAAGAGGGAGAAGAAGAAAGAGAAAACAUCCUGCAGCGCGUCCUGAACACACUGAAGUUCAGCUGGAUGUUUCUGCAGUCUCUGCUCGACGAUUUGACGGACAGCCUGAACGAUUUCUGCAAAGACAGCCUGGACAUUUCCAAAGUGCUGCGAUUGGAGCGAGCACUGCUCAACCAGCAGCAAAAGAAGGGAAAAGAAGUGAGUCAGGAGAGCGUGAAGCAGUUUUACGAAACCUGGAUAUCCCGUCAAAACACGUUGUCGUCUGAGGAAGGUCUGGACGCGCUCUCUCCUCCUCCGACCCCGCCUCCCGUUGUCUCCUCACGUCACGUCUAUGUGAAACUGAAGAGCCUGGCCUCUGCGGGCAGCAGCUUUGACAGCUGUAUGACAGAUGAGACGAUGCUGGGCUCCCGACAGCCAACGCAAGAGGAGCUGGAUGAGCCUCCCGCCGUCCCGCCUGCUUCCCUGCUCCGACGGAGGCUGAUAAAAGAGGCAAACAUUGACCAGAGCUCCUUUGAGACUGAUACUCUGCCACAGAGCCAAGAGGAUGAUGACCGUCAGUACGACGACCCAAAAGAAGAUGAGGACGUUGAGAAGGACGAAGAGGUUAGUGAAACGUCAGAUCGGGAUCAAAAUAUAGAAGAUGGAGACGAUCAACAAGAUCAUCCAGACCUGGAGAAAGAUGAGGCGGAUGAAAAAGUGCAACAGACAGAAGAGGGCGAAUACCCCAGAUACGUGGAGUGUGCCUCAAUGACUGACCAACAGAGCGAGGAAGAAAAAAGUCUCGACCUCUCAGAGUCUCCGGUGCCUCUGACUCAGGAAACCAGGAACCUCACAGCCAGCGAGCUGCUGCUGAACAACAUGUUUGAAAACGACGAGAUCUCGGAGUCUGAUAAGUUUUUCAAGACGCUGCCGCGGCCGGUGAAGCUGCUCUUCGCUCUCUACAACACCAUGGUGUCCAAGUCGGAGAUGCUGUGCUACUUUGUCAUCAUCCUCAACCACAUCGUGUCGGCGUCGUUCCUCUCGCUCAUCCUACCCAUUCUGAUAUUCCUCUGGGCCAUGCUGUCGGUGCCGCGGCCGACCAAACGCUUCUGGAUGACAGCUAUAAUCUACACGGAGCUUACAGUCGUAGUGAAGUACUUUUUCCAGUUCGGUUUCUUCCCCUGGACCACUUCUGCUUACAGAGGAAUCAACGCAGACCGGCCCUUUGCCCUGCCAAACAUCAUCGGGGUGGAAAAGAAAGAUGGCUACGUCCUGUUUGACCUCAUCCAGCUGCUCGCUCUGUUCUUCCACCGCUCUAUUCUGAAGUGUCACGGGCUGUGGGACAACAAGGAGGUGGAGAUGCCUGACUUCUUCAAGAAGCUGAAGAAGAAAGUGGACAAGAAGAAGAUGACCGGAGUGGAUAAGACGGGGUGCAAGGAGAAAUCGUUGCGCCGGCUGAAGUUCCUCCCCAUUCAGGCCUCCACCACCUCCAUAUUCUGCAGACACAAGCAAAAUGAUUCUGAAGAAUCUGUUGGUGAGAAACAGGAGAAACCAAAGAGGCAGCACAGCAAGAAGAAGCGGGCGCAGCGUCGCACUGCUCCUCUGUCCAGGAAGCAGAGGAUCAGACAGCAUAUCAGAGAGACGAUGCUGCAGGCCAAAACCACCUGCAUAGAAGUAGCUCUUCACAUCUAUCUCCCCAUCAGGCAGUUCUUCUACGACAUCAUCCACCCUGACUACAGCCCCGUGUGUGACGUCUACGCCCUGAUGUUUCUUAUUGAUGUCGUCAAUUUCAUCGUGACCAUAUAUGGAUACGGGGCGUUUGGGAAAUACUCUUCCUCUGUGGACAUCUCAGAGACUCUGUCAGAAGACCAGGUUCCCGAGGCCUUUCUGGUCAUGCUGCUCAUCCAGUUUGGCACAAUGAUUGUCGACCGCGCCCUGUACCUGAAGAAGUCUCUGCUGGGGAAAUGUGUUUUCCAGGUUGUGCUGGUGUUUGGCAUACACUUCUGGAUGUUCUUCAUCCUCCCCGGAGUCACAGAGAGGAGGUUCAACAGUAACCCGAUUGCUCAGCUUUGGUAUUUUGUGAAGUGCAUCUACUUCGGACUGUCUGCCUAUCAGAUCAAAUGCGGCUACCCAAACCGCAUCCUGGGCAACUUCCUCACCAAGAACUACAACUACCUCAACCUCUUUCUCUUUCAGGGCUUUCGGAUGGUUCCUUUCCUCACUGAGCUGAGGGCCGUGAUGGAUUGGGUUUGGACCGACACCACUCUGUCUCUCUCCAGCUGGAUCUGUGUUGAAGAUAUCUACGCUAACAUAUUCAUCCUCAAAUGCUGGAGAGAGUCUGAAAAGAAAUUUCCACACCCUCCAGGGCAGAAGAAGAAGAAAGUGGUCAAAUAUGGGAUGGGUGGCUUCAUAAUCUUUGCCCUGAUCAGCAUCAUGUGGUUCCCACUCCUCUUCAUGUCUCUGGUCCAGUCAGCAGUCGGAGUGACCAAUCAGCCGUUAGACGUCUCCAUCCAGCUCAGCAUCGCAGGAUAUGAGCCUCUGUUCUCCAUGACCGCUCAGGAGCAGAACUUGGUCGCAUACACCGAAGCCGGAUUCAACCGACUCACAAAAGUUUAUGCUACUCAUCCAGGUGCCAUGCAGUUCCUGAUGAACUAUGAAGCCGAGGACAUUGUCGCCGCUAAAAUCAAGAGUGAUGCCAGUCUGCUUUGGACCAUCAGCCCCGCCAGUCGAGCAGCAAUGAUCGAGGAACUGAGCAACUCUUCUCACAUAUACAUGAGUUUACGCUGGACACUGCUCAGGAAUGCGUCCAUAUCAAUGAAUGUCGAGGCGGUGGGAGAACACACGGUGAAGUUUGAGGACAUGGCGUUGAGGGACGGGAUUGUCCAAAUGCUCAAAGGCAACAGCAACAAACCUGUGAUAAUUCAUUCUCUUCUGCCAAAAUACAUACGAGGUCCCAAAGGACUAGAAUCCAAAAUGGCAACCAGGAUGUCAGUAGACUCAUCCGAGCGCUCGGACCUCCGUGGACUCGCCUUUUUCCGGCCCAUGUCCAUCAAGCUCCAGCAGGUCAAAGGCACGUCGGACAAGGAGGCGGGUCAGUGGUGGGUGGUAGAGGAGUGCUCCUCGGUUCUCACCUCCGGCGAACAGAAAUGCCACAACAUCGAGAUUGUGGUGUUCAAUGACAAGGUCAGCCCUUCAAGUCUGGGCUUUCUGGCCGGACAUGGAAUUGUCGGCCUGUACAUGUCGGUGGUUCUCGUCAUCGGUAAGUUCGUCCGGGAGUUCUUCAACGGGAUCUCUCGCUCCAUCAUGUUUGAGGAGCUGCCCUGCGUGGACAGAGUCCUGAAGCUGUGCACGGACAUCUUCGUGGUGCGGGAGACCGGAGAGAUGGAGCUGGAGGAGACGCUGUUCGAGAAACUCAUCUUCCUCUACCGAUCGCCAGAGACCAUGAUCAAGAUGACCAGAGAGAAAGACAGCUAGGACUCAGAACGCCCACCCAGCCUCUGUUACUAGGGUUGAAAGUGCUCAUUUUUAGGUAGUCUUAGGGUGGAGCAAAGACAGUAGUUUUAGUAGUAAGAACCACCAAGCACACUAUGCAGCUAGACUUAUCUUUUCUUCAGGUUUUCCAACUUGUACAUGUAGAAAAGCAAAAAUAGCUCUUAAUACAGAAAAGAUUGUUCUCAAAGUCCUGAUAAUUUUUUUCUAUAAGGACUUCAAUCCUUUCCCAACAAAAAGACUAACAAUCAAAAUUAUUGUAGUCUUGUAUUGUGGAAUAUUCUUUGCUCUAAUAUUUAGGUCUUUGUUAAAUUUCAGCUGAACUGAUGUAGAAGUUUUUGAAGUAGGCUAAAGCAAAACAAAAAAAAAAGACAUGUUUUGUGUUUCAGUCUAUAAUUGGUGUAAUGGACACAUAGAUGAAUGUAGGCCAUGAUUGUUGCACUUAUCUUCCUGGUUCACACAAAAUAAAAUGUACAUUUGUUUUAUUUUAGUAAGAUUAAAAACACUGCUUCCAUGCUAAAGUGUUAUGUGGGGGAAAUUAUAUAAUUUAGAUACAUGAGCCAUACCAGUUAAGGGCAGAUGUUAUAAGAAUAAAGUAUUCCUUAUGUCCAGUUAACCUGAGUUGUACAUUUACACCAAUAUAGCUUACAUGGAAUAAAAUGAUCUAUGUUAAUAUUUAACUGACUUUACUGACAAAACUCAAACUAACAAAACUGAUGCAAAGUGUGAACUAAGAUUUUUAAUUUUGACUUGAAACCUUCAAUAGCUGGAUUUUUCCCAACUCCUCAAUUUUCUUCUCAUUCAUGCUUAAUAAAACUCUGGAGAAAGUUAGACCUACUGGAACAGUAGGGGAAAAUAGUCAGAGAUGUUACAGAACAAGUCAGACUUUAACCAGGCAUUCACAACAGAACCAAAUUACACAUUUAACAAUUGUCUGUGCAACUUAAUAAUCGGUCAAGAGUUCCUGACAUACAGUUUACUUUGCAGUGCAUGUGUGUCUGAUGGUUUUGGGUUCAGGAUUUGAUGGUAUUUAUUGCAGAUCCUUCUCAUGUUAAACACCAAACUUGGACAAGUGAAUGUAUUAAAGCACUCAUGCCUCUGUAAAUACAUUUCUGUACAUGUCCAUAUACACU